AUGCUGUCUUCCCUUCUGCUCAUCGCCGCCGCUCAGCUGGCAACAGCUCACUUUGGCAUCGAAUACCCCCCGUGGCGAGCAGAUACGCUUGCGGACGAGGAGAACUCACCUUACUCGCAAUGGGAAUACCCUUGCGCCGGUGUUCCUGCUGGAACUGGCAACCGUACUGACUGGCCGCUCACUGGCGGUUCCGUUUCCCUCGAUCUGCACCACAAGUGGACAUACGUGUUUAUCAACGUCGGGCUUGGGGACAAUGUCACGAAUUUCAACAUCUCGCUCACGCCAGAGUUCUGGAAUGUCACCGGAAAUGGAACGUUCUGUAUUCCCACUCUCCCACUUCCAGCAACUGUGCAGGAUGGCCAAAACGCCACCAUUCAGGUUGUGACCUCAGGGCAGAGCGGCUCUGCGCUGUACAACUGCGCCGACAUUACGUUCCGAUCAGCCGCCAAGUCGCUUUCUGGAGAUGAGUGCAAGAACACCACAGCAUCUGCUGUGACGAUCGGACAGUCUCACUCCACAAGCAACUCGUCAAGCUCCACAAACUCAACCUCCUCCGGAGGCACCAAUAGCGCGACCGGAAUCUCUGCCAACUUCGUUGCUCUGACGAGUAUCAGUGGUCUUGCUGUGUUGUUUGCCCUAGGACUAUGA